AUGAAGCUAUCCAUUAAGAAACCCAUCACCUCCCUCAAAAAGUGGUAUCGCACCACUGGCGAGAAGACUAUCAACAAAGCGCAAACCUUCCCCAUCAAGAACUCUCCCGAUCAAGACGCUUUUAACGAAGUCGACAAAAUCAGCGACGGAGUAGAGUCUCUUCAUGACUCAGAAGAUGAAAGCGCCAACACCAGCGCCAGCAUCAGCGACGAAGUUGAGUCUCUUCACGCCUCUGACGAUGAAAACCCCUACCCCGAAAGUCCCAUCAUCUACAACGGCGGCCAGUAUUUCGACGCAGAAGACUACUUCUACCACGACAAUGGAAAAUACUUCGAAAAGGCGCUGCGACCGGAGAAGAAGCCGAAGCCUCCUCAGCCCAAGAUCGACGCCUACCUCUUGAACGAACUACACAUCGCGAUGCACGGACACAAGGACCCAGAGGUCAUCCAGAUGGAGAACUACGUCAAGGCAAUCAACGAGCAGGAUGACGCGCCACUGAAGCCCGCGAGACCUUAG